UUAACCAGCAAGUAAUUAUACAGAAAAAUUCUAGUUCCCACAAAAUGGGCAGGUCUCCUUCUCGUGAUGAAAACGGCCUAAAAAAAGGACCAUGGACUCCUGAAGAAGAUCAAAAACUUGUUGAUUAUAUUGACAAACAUGGCCAUGGCAGUUGGAGAGCCCUUCCUAAACUUGCAGGUCUUAAUAGGUGUGGCAAGAGCUGCAGGUUAAGAUGGACUAAUUAUUUGAGGCCUGAUAUCAAGAGAGGCAAAUUCUCUGAAGAAGAAGAACAAACAAUUCUUCAUCUCCAUUCCAUCCUCGGAAACAAAUGGUCUGCGAUCGCGACGCACCUGCCCGGAAGAACAGACAAUGAGAUCAAGAAUUUCUGGAACACACAUUUAAAGAAGAAGCUAAUUCAAAUGGGAUAUGAUCCAAUGACUCACAGGCCAAGAACUGAUUUAUUUGCAAGCUUGCCCAAUAUAAUAGCUUUGGCAAAUUUACUUCAGCAUCAUCCACUUGAAGAUCAUGCUGUUAGAUUACAAUCAGAAGCUGCCCAGUUAGCUAAGCUUCAAUAUUUACAAUUUCUAUUCCAGUCUUCGAAUAAUCAUCCCCUACCGCCUACAAUCUCAAACACUCAAUUUUACAAUAAUCUUGGAGAGCUUGGGGCAUUUAAUUUGGCAAAUACUGUUAAAGGAAAUACCUCUUCUUUAAAUUUAUCCAAUCUUGAAAAUCAAACACUUUUCUCCAAUGAAAACUCUGGCUCUCAACUACUCCACAAUCAAGAUACUAAUUCUUUGCAAUUGCCAGACACACAAGAAGUCCCUUUCAAUUUCCAAACACAUUUGAAUAAUAAUAACACAAGUGAUAUUAAUGAUCACCAUUUUAAUGAUUCACCAAGUUGCCCAUUGAAUAAUAUUCUUGCUUCUCCACUUUCUUCAAGUCAUUUGCCACCUUUGACUGAAAUUUCAAUAAGCAAUAAUCAAGGAGAUUCAAGCAGCACUUCCACUAAUGCUGCUGAUCAAGGGACUUCUUCAUAUUGGCCAGAGCUAUUUUUCGAAGAACACUUCAUGCAUGACAUUUCUUGAUAGUUACGAGGCUUGGAACAAGGAUGAAGUUUUUGUACAUUAAUUAGUCUAUGUAGACAGUGAGGAUUAGUAUAUAGACGACUCAAUUUGCUUGGAAUUGAGGCAUUAUAGUUGUAAUAUUAUUGAUUGUUAAGUGGGCUCCCACAUGUACACAUCCACACACAGCGUUUAGUACAUUACGGUUUUUUUUUUUUUUGUAUGUAUCUAUCUUUUUUAAUCCGUGUUGGCUGUAUACUUCGUUAUAUAAUGUAAAUUUCUUGUUCUGAUUUUACAA